UCCCAACCGUGACCAACUGCCAAAUUAAAGCUCCAACCUUUCCCCGCAAACAAAAACCAUCUUUUUUUUUUUUUUGAAAAAAAUUCUAUCCGAAAUUCAUCACCGCCGGAGACGCCGUCGUUUUUAACGCCGGCGUUUCCACCACUCGGUCCGAACAUUCUAAUCAAAACACCUAAACCAUGAAGCGAGGCUUCAGCUUUUCAUUGCCUGUAACCGUUGUCGUUUCGGCCAUCGCUUUUAUUUACUUUUGUACGGUCUUUAUUUUCAUUGACCGUUGGUUUGGUCUAAUUACCUCUGCUGGUAUCAUGAACGCCGUCGCUUUUACCGGUGUUGCCUUCAUGUGUGUGUCUAAUUACGGCUUUGCCAUCUUCGCUGAUCCGGGUCGGGUCCCGUCUUCUUUCAUGCCCGACAUCGAAGAUUCCAAAGUUCCUAUCCAUGAGAUCAAACGCAAGGGAGGGGACUUGAGAUAUUGCCAAAAGUGUUCUCAUUUUAAGCCUCCUCGUGCACAUCACUGUCGUGUUUGCAAAAGAUGCAUUCUGAGAAUGGAUCACCAUUGCAUUUGGAUAAAUAAUUGUGUCGGCCAUACCAACUACAAGGUCUUCUUCAUCUUUGUUUUAUAUGCCGUAAUUGCUUGCAUCUAUUCUCUGGUUUUACUGGUGGGUAGCCUAACUAAUGAUUCCCAAAAUGAUGAGCAGCAAAGUGCAGACUCUUACAGAAUCGCAUAUGUUAUUUCUGGACUGUUGCUAGUCCCCUUAAGUGUGGCUUUAAGUGUUCUCCUGGGUUGGCAUGUCUAUCUCAUUUUGCAAAAUAAGACCACAAUUGAGUAUCAUGAAGGAGUGAGAGCUAUGUGGCUUGCAGAGAAAGGAGGGAAUGUCUAUAAGCAUCCAUAUGAUCUUGGUGCCUAUGAAAAUAUAACAACGAUAUUGGGUCCAAAUAUCUUCUGCUGGAUAUGCCCCACAUGGAGACACAUAGGUAAUGGUCUCCGCUUUCGAACAGCCUAUGAUGGCAUAUAUGCUUCAUCAACGUAAAAUGAAGUUUCAAUUAUUUUUACAUUGCUUUGGCAAUAACAAAGUUUUUGAUGCUUGAGGGUUUGAUAAAUGCCUACGUCGUGAUCACAUCUGAUAGUCCCCUUGCAAUAGUCCAGGAAAAAUGAAUUAGGAAAGACCGACCAUUCAACACUGGCAACAGUAAGUUGGAGAGCUUUUGAAGCUGUUGCUGCAAGUGAUAAUGGAUGAGGAUGUGAAAGGUCGCUUGUCAAUAACCAGGCAAAGGAGUCCUUAAAGCAAUUAGAAAUAGGAUUGGUGGGGUUUUUAUUCUUUUUUUCCCUUCUCUUACCCUUUUUUGAGCUUCUGAUUAGAGUUGGUUUACUGAUGGGUUUCGUACUUAGACACCUUGUCCUUGAAGAGGGAAUCGAUGUAGAAGUGAUCAUGCAAAUCAACAGAAAACAAAGUAUAUCGAUCAUGUAAAAGAACUGUAAAAUCCUUUUAACUCAAACACAAACAAAAGUUUUUGAUACAUUUCUGUUUCUUACCGAGUAUGUUUUUCUUAUUAGUAUCACUGUUCUGCUUCUAUCUCUUUGUUUCAUUCCCAGCUCAAGCUCAACAACCAUAAUUCUAAGCAGGGAAAAAUGGGUUUGUUUGUUUAAUGUCAUUAUCCCAUAUCUUUACUAAUUAG